AUGAACCUCAGCGAGUCUGAAGACGAAUCCGAGGUGACAGCUCCGGUGCUGGCUAGGGAACUAUCACCCGAAGAACACGAGCUAGUGGUGGCAAGGAAAGCUAUGCGGAAGUGGUGGAGAUUGGCUGGGCUGAACACUCGCCACGCGAUGGGUUACGAAGCAGGUGAAGAACUGGGAGUUGGCUGGACCAGAGGGAUUUGCCCACAAGUGGAGGGACGCAUCAAGAUGAUGCUGCGUGUGCUUUGA